AUGAAGGAAACUCAUAAUAUUGAAUCCAAAUCACAAUCAGACUUGAUAGAUAACUUACAGAGAAAGUUGCAAGAACAAGAAAAGAAAGUUGAAGAUUUACGUAAGCAAUUAUCCGAAAAACCUUCAUCGCCGACUACAUUACAAGAAAUUGGUAGUAAUAAGGAGGAUUCAGCAAAUUUAAAUCAACCUGCUGACCUGGAUGAAGUUGCACUAGAAGCAUCUUCUUUUUUAUCAGUAGAUUCACAAACAUCAUCAAAAUCAAUAAGAUUAGAAUAUGAAACUGAAAUAAUUUCUUUACAAAAACAAUUGGAAGAAGUUAAACCGAUAAAUUCUUCACUAAAUUUAAAAAUUGAUGAAUUAAAUAAUGAAUUAAAUAAUUAUCGUAAGAAAGUAGAAGAUUUAGAAUCAUCAAAUCUAGAAUUAAAACAAAAACUUGAAAAAUUUUAUGAUUCCUCAAUUACAGAUGCUGAUGAUAUUAUUAAAAAAUUUGAUUCAUUAAAUCAAAAAAUCCAAAAAUUAGAAUCUGAAAAAUCUUCAUUAAUUGAACAUACAAAGAUUAAAGAAUUUGAAAAUGAAAGGGAUUUGAUAACAAAACAGUUUGAUAAGAAGUUAGAAGAUGCAAAAUUGGAAAUUGCAAAAGAAAAGGCUCUUCUUGAAGAACAGCUUAAAGCCGUUACUGAAAAAGAAGGGAUCGCUGCGCAUCAACAAGGAGAGGUUACACCUGAUAAUGAGGGAUGGAAGACCAAAAGGCGUCAAUUUGAGUUGCAGAUAAAAUCAUUGCAACAAGAAAUUGAACAAUUGAAACAAGGAAAUGAUUCUUCAAAUAAACCUUUUCUUUCAACAGAAAUUCUACCGAUACAAGAUAAAGAGCAAACAAAAAAUAAGAAUGCUGAUGAAAACCAACCAGAUAGAGCACCUAUAAAUACAGAAUAUGAUACUAUAACAAAAGAGAAAGAUCAAUUAGUUAUUAAAGUGCACGAGUUGACCGAAGAAUUAAAUGUUAAAAGAAAGCAAAUCGAUGAACAACAAAUAAAGAUUCAGGAAUCAGAGGAAAAAAUAACAAUAUUAAAAGCAAAUGUAAAUGAAAAAGAUGAUCAGUUAAGUACGGUUCGAUCACAGUUGAAUUCAGCAAAGGAAUCUAUCUUGAAACUUGAACAAACAAGAAAUGAAUAUAGUGAUAAAGUCGUUAAAAUUGAAAAGGCGAAAGGUGAUUUACAGAAAAAUUUAGAUUAUAUAAGUACAGAGCGAGACAAUUUAUCGAGGGAACGGGAUGAACUUAAAUCAACGUAUACCGUAUUGAGCGAACAACAUGAUACGUUGAAAUCUGAUUCGACUAAUAUGAACAAAAAAUUAGCGGAAUUGGAAAAUCGGAUUAAUGAAUUAACAAAAGAACGUGAUGAACUCGGUUCAGCCAAGGAGAAUCUAAUUAAAGAUUUGGAAAUUGUUCAAAAGAAAGCAAAUGAUUUUCGUGCGACAACGGAUGAUGAGAUGGAAGCGUUGAAAAGUAAAUUAGAAACAACCGAAAAGAAUUAUGCUUUACUCGAAUCGGAUGUUUCUAGACUUCAUGUAGCUAAAACGGAUGCCCUUGAAAAAUUAUCCGAU